CCUUCGCGCGCAGCGCCUCAGCGCGGCGGGCGGGCGGCGGUGAAGGAGGAGGGAACCGAGGCGCAGCGCCGUAACGCGGGGCCUACGGGCGGCCCCGGCUCUGCCCGCCCUCCGGGGGGGGGUUCCUCCCUCCGGGGGGGUCCUCCCGGUACCGCGGUUCCGCCCCGGUUCGGGCCCGGCGCGAUGAACAACAACGUGGAGAACCUGCCCCCCCACACGCUGCGGCUGCUCUACAAGGAGGUUUCCACGCUCACGUCCGACCCCCCCCCGGGCAUUAAACUGUUCCCCAACGAGGAGGACGUCACUGAUGUGCAGGUCACCAUCGAAGGGCCCGAGGGCACCCCAUACGCGGGGGGGCUGUUCCGGAUGAAGCUGGUGCUGGGGAAGGAAUUUCCCUCGUCCCCCCCCAAAGGAUUUUUCCUGACCAAAAUCUUCCACCCCAACGUGGGACCCAGCGGCGAAAUCUGCGUCAACGUGCUCAAAAGGGACUGGAGCGCGGAGAUGGGGCUGCGCCAUGUUCUGCUGACCAUCCGCUGUUUGUUGAUCCACCCCAACCCCGAGUCGGCCCUUAACGAAGAAGCCGGUCGGCUCCUGCUGGAGGAUUACGAGGGUUACGCGGCCCGGGCCCGGCUACUCACCGAGAUCCACGCGCAGCGCCCCCCGGCGGCCGGGGCCGGAAUCGCAACGGCGGCAUCGUCCGUUAACGAGAACGGAGCUUCCACGUCGGGACCCCCCCCCGGGAACAACGAGGGUCCCGCCCCCCCCACGGAGGGUCCCAUGGCCAAAAAACACGCGGGGGAUCGAGACAAAAAGGCGGCCAAGAAGAAGGCGGACAAGAAGAGAGCGCUGCGGCGCCUUUAAGAGCAGCCCCCCCCAUUCAUAAAACGGCCCCAGCGUCAGCUGAUCCAUUCAUAAAUACCCCAUACAAACACCCCCAUACAAACACCCCCAUUCAUAAAUAGCCCCAUACAAACACCCUCCAUUCAUAAAACACCCCUAUACAAACAGCCCCCAUUCAUAAAACGGCCCCAUCAUCAACUGAUCCAUUCAUAAACUGCCCCAUACAAACACCCCCAUACAAACAGCCCCAUUCAUAAGCACCCCCAUACAAACACCCUCCAUUCAUAAACAGCCCCAUUCAUAAAUACCCCCAUUCAAACAGCCCCAUACAAACACCCCCAUUCAAGCCCUGGGGGUCCCAUUGAGCCCCUUUAUCCCCCCCCCCCAUUGACUGUGGGGCUCCAUUGACACCUUUAGCCCCCAUUACCCCCCUGGGCAGGGGCCCAUUGAGCCCCCCCCCAUUAAUCACUUUAUUGCCCCAUUAAUCACUUUAUUGCCCCAUUAAUCACUUUAUUGCCCCCCCCCUUUAAUCACUUUAACCCCCCCCGGUCAUUCAUUCAUAAUGACUCGAUCCCCUUUAACUCCUUUAUUGGCCCAUUUGACUCUUUUUCCCCUUUAUUUCCUUUAUUUCCCGUUUCUUUAAGUUAUUUAAAUUAUAAAAAAGGCAAAAAAAGGACAAAAAAAAGGCGCUUUCCCGCGGGAUUAAAGCCGCCGCUGCUUUUCUACUUCGA